AUGACAGACUUUGUACGCCGCCUCGUCUCCGGAAACAAGGCCCGCUACAGAGAUGAAGAACUUGACCUCGAGUUAGAUCUGGCAUACAUCACCGACAAUGUCAUAGUCAUGGGAUACCCCGCCACCGGCCUAGAGGGCUUCUACCGCAAUCGCAGAGAAGACGCGAAGAAGUUCCUGGACCACCACCACGGCAACAAUUACUGGGUGUUCAACUUCUGCCCUGUCAAAGAAAAUUCGUACCCCAGUAGCGUAUUUGAGGGCAGAGUUAGCAGAUACCCUUUCCCCGACCAUCACUCCCCUCCACUUGUAGUUCUGGCGUUGGUGGCCCGGGAAAUACGCCUGUGGCUUGAUGGUGCCCCAGGACGCGUCGCAGUCAUGCACUGCAAAGCGGGCAAAGGCCGAUCAGGGACGAUGGCGUGCUCCUACCUUCUUACCUUGGACGUAGCCCCGAGCGCGCCUAUAGUAGAUCGGAGCAAGGCAGAGAAGGAGCUCGCGAAGACUCGAGCAGAGGAGGUGAUGAACGCCAUGCCGGCCGACGAAGCAGCGGACGUGGCCAGCGCGAGCGAACAACCAGGCGACGACCCAAUUAAACACGAAAUAACAGACGGCGGUGAGAGGGCGACAGAGAAGCCUACGGCGGCGGCGCAAGAAGCGGCGGCGGCAUCGGCGCGGAAAGGCACGGCGAAUAGCCUCAAUCACGUCCUCGAUCUACACACCUCUGGGCGGAUGAAGCGUCCGUCGUCGCCUUCGAAGAAGCUCAAGCAGGGCGUCAGCAUCCCCAGUCAGCGGCGCUGGCUGUACUACUGGUCGCUUGUUCUAGCACACCAGGCGCCGCCCGAUUUCUGGUCCGUUGACCCCGCGGUGUUGGCCCGUCCGUCACCGAAGGUGAAGCUCACGGAGAUCAAGCUGCGCAUGCGAGAGCUGUCGGGAGUCAAGUCGAGCCUCGUGCGCGCCGUGAACACGCUGGUCGACACCGCGGGCCUUUCGAAGAGGGUUGCGUCGACAAACAGCACUAGCCAGGUAUGGGCCUCUCUAGCACGCUACGACGACGACUUCGUGGAGACGCUAGAGAGCUGGGAGCGGUUCACGAGAGAUGAGGGCGGUGCGAUGGGCGUCCGGCGCAAGGGUGCCGACAAGAUGGAGGGCGAGACGUUCGCCGAUCUCUUCAACGAAGGCAGGUUCGACAGCAACAAGAUGGUCCGCAGCUUCGCUAGGAUGGGAACAUUCAGCGACGAAGACAUCCGCAAGGACGCGGACGAGGACGGAAAGUUCGAGACCCUGUUGCUACGGCCGCUGACGGGCGACAAGUGGCUGAGCAUCCGCGAGAAGAUCGAGGCCGGCGAGAAGGCGACCGCCGCGAGGACGUCGACUGUCGAAUCCGAAGACGCGUCCAUCUACGACGCAACGCGCGCGCUCGGGGGUGAUGGUGGCGUCGUCCUCGACGCGAACCGUGAGCUGCGGGUCAAACUGUAUCUCGGUCAGGUCUUCAUGGGCUGGUUCUGGUUCAUUCCCACGUUCCACAUGCCCCAUCCCAGGGGGGCGGGCGAGCAGGGCGCUACGCUCGUGCUGACGCGCAAAGAGAUUGAUUUCCCCGUCGGGAUCGGGGCGAGCAUCAUGGACGUGUCGGUAUCAAUGGAGUGGUGUUCCGAAGCGGCCGACAUUAUAAGCCCGCCGGAGAGACAGGGCAGCAUGGAAUCCGCGGCGGGAGAGGGAGAGCCUACGGGGAUUGCGGCCACAUUGCAGGCGGUGGCUGGCGGGGAAGUCGCGGGCGUGACAGAGCUCAAACAAGCGGCGGACGAGUAACCUAUUCGUCCUUCAACGAUGCUGUAAUUAAUGUGCGCUUCAUGUAUCGCGAGCAUUU